AUGGAUCUUGAGGGAGCACUUGAUAGCUCAGGUCAUCAGCAUGUAACAAUUCAGUAUUGUUUGAUGGCAGAAUUGGAAAAAUUACGAGUUCAGAAGUUCCCUCAAGGUUUUCCAAAACCAACACGUAUACUACAAGCUGUUAAUAGUGAUGUCGAUGGUCAUUUGGAACAGCGAUUGCAACAAAUAGAUCAAGAUCAUUGUGAAGAAUGCAUUCUACUUGUUCCUUAUUAUUUGGGAAAUUUUCAUUGGAUUGGAAUAUUAAUAGAAUUGAAAGAAAAUCGACAGAUUCAACGAGCUGAAGUUAUUGAUCCUGUAGUAGAUUCUAAAUUCGUUCUUGACAUGAUACAAAAAACAUUCGAUAAAUUUUACUCUGGUAUGGUUUUAUCUUCGAAAAGCUUACAGAAACAUGAGGACGUCAAACAAAGUGCACAAAUAACUAUUCAAAAUUUAAUAAAAUGUGUUGAAGAGUCUCUACUUACAGAAGCACUACAUCAAAAUAUCAAUGAUUUACACAGCCAAAUUUUCAACGAUCAAAAAAACCGAACUUGUUUGCUUGAAGGCAAUCAAUCCGAUUGGCAGUCAAAGCCGCAAGGUAAUAAAACGAAAUUUAGUGAUUUAAACGAUCCGUUGAGUAAUGUAAGGGUAACUUUCAAAAAUGAAAGAAAACGACAUUCCUUAAGAAAACAAUCGCAAAUAGAACAACACAUAGAUGGGGACGAAAAAUUUGGAACAGACGUUCGAUCCGAACUCAAUGAAAAGUAUUUCGAUAGUUUGAACACUCAGCAAAUAGCUACAAAAGAGUUCGACAAUAUUAUAGUUAAUGACUCGGUACCUUCAACAGAUAACUGCUAUCAACUUCAAUUGUGCGAAUCACUAAAAAAACAGUUACGAAAUUGUUUGUGUGAACAUGAAAUCAGUGAUGAAAAAGAGCUAGAAGAGGAGAUAGUAAGAAAGAAACAAGAGAUUGAGAGUUUUGAAGAAAAAGGAAGACAUACUAUUGCAAAGAAACGACGAGAAUCUUUAUCGAAACUGGAAGAACUUCAACAAUUAGCUGAUAAAAUCAGAGUUCUCGAGUGUCCGCAGUCAACCGAUAAUCUAGAAGAAUUAAAAGCAGUAUUGGCUAGUGGCCUUUCGAAGCGUGAUGUAAGUGACGAUAAAGAACUUAAAGAGGAGAUCAUAAAAAAGAAACAAGAAAUUGAGAUUCUUGAAAAACAAGGAAAAUGUAAAAGUGUAAUCAAGCGACAAGAAUCUUUAUCGACAUUAGAACAACUUCUAGGAUUGAUAGAUAAAAUCAAAGCUCUAGAAUCUGCCAAAUCAAUCGAUAAUCUAGAAGAACUAAAAACAACAUUGAUCAAUGGUCUUUCAGAACGUGACCUCGGUGAUGAGAAAGAGUUGAAAGAAGAGAUAAUAAAAAGAAAACAAGAAAUUGAGACUCUUACAAAUAAAGGAAAGCAUAAAGCUGCAGAGAAACGACGAAAUUCUUUAUCAACGUUAGAAGAGCUUCAAGUAUUAACCAAUAAAAUCAAAGCUUUAGAAAGUUCUAAUAUAAGUAUAAGUAAUGAGAUUUCUCAUGACAAUGGAAUCAUCAUCAGUGGGCGACGAGAAGACGAUAUAAUAACGAAAGAACGUGUAAGAAACUUAUACAAUGACUUUUCUCUUAUGCCACCUUGUUCAGAAAAAUCUCUCAUUAAUCUGCUGUUUCUUAUUGCUUUAAAAUUAAAUGAUGAAGCAAUAGUUUCGGAAAAUAAUAUCAUAACAGCUGAUGAAAUAGAGACUGAAAUUGCUAAAGAAUUCCAAUUUUUCAAGGAGCGACUAAACAUUGAAGAACUACAAUCUACACAAGUAGAAAAUUUUAUGGGAACAGUAUUGGUUAAUAUAAAACAUCAAAAUUGGAAAUUGGCCUUUAGCACACUGGAAAAUAUUUUAAAGCUGAUCAGGCCAUUAAAUAUACCUGAGUUAUUUAGACUUUUUCAGAAGGUCGAUGAGACAGCACAACUGGUAAGGGGAGAAGACAUCAUUCUACUGCUUGGAGGAACUGGAGCAGGAAAAUCAACCACAAUUCAUUUUCUUGGAGGAUCUCAAUUAAAAGAAAUAAAAGUGUCAGGAUUGAACCAUAUCCAUCCUGUAGAAAUAAGAAAUCCAGAUCUCAAGAAGAUAAGUACCACGCCGUUUGCUCGAUCUGAAACUCGAUGCAUUAUACCUGUUAGAGUGCAUUUUAAAGAUGUUGGUGGAUAUUCUAAUGAGAGCAUUGUACUAUGUGAUAGUCCAGGAUUCGAAGAUACUAGUGGGUCUGAAGUAGAUAUUGCAAACGGUAUCGGUAUUGUUAAAGCAAUAAAAGGAUGUAAAAGUGUGAGACCUGUUGUUAUAAUUAGUUAUAAGAGCAUAGGUGACAGACUUGGUGGUAUAAAAGAUUUAGCCCAUACAUUAAUUGAAUUGAUUCCAGAAAUUGGCGAUCACAUUAGAACAUUUUCAUAUAUUUUUACCAAAUUUCCCUCUAAUGAAAGACAUACAAUUUGUGCAUUAUUAACAAAUGCAGAAGAAACACUGAAUGAAGCUGAAAAAUCAGAUAUUGCUUUUAAUAGUUUGUUUAGAGAUAUGGUAAAUAAAACGAGACAAGGAGCGCGAACUUUAGACCCAUUGAAGGAUGAUUCUUUUGAAAUUCUUCGUGAACUCGCAAAAUCUGAGGCCAUUUUUCAUCCAGAUGAAGCUUUUCAAUUUUUUAUCACAGAAAAAUCAAAAUCUAUUCUGCAAGAACAAGUGAGAAGACAUCAGUUAAGCAUCAUAUCUGCAACUAACCGUUCCGAUUACUUACUAGUUAAGUAUAAACUUGAUCAAUUAAAAUACUUAAAUGAUAUACCUGAUCAAGAAUACAUUAAACAAAUUUACAAUGAUUGUGUUCGAAUAGAAAAAGUCCCAUUUGACUCCAUAAAUGUGUAA